AUGCCGCGAGAGAUCAUCACGCUCCAGGCGGGUCAGUGUGGAAACAGUGUUGGCUCACAAUUCUGGCAGCGACUCUGCCAGGAGCAUGGGAUUGACCAAAAUGGCAAUCUCGAGGACUUUGCGACCGAGGGCGGCGACCGCAAAGAUGUCUUCUUCUACCAGUCCGACGAUACGCGCUACAUUCCCCGUGCCAUCCUCAUGGACACGGAACCUCGCGUGAUCAACGGCAUCCAAAGCGGGCCAUACAAGAACAUUUACAAUCCCGAAAAUGUGUACGUGAACAAGGAGGGCACAGGAGCUGGCAACAACUGGGCGCAGGGAUACGAGAUGGGAAGCAGGGCGCAGGAUGAGCUGAUGGACAUGAUCGACCGUGAAGCAGACGGCAGCGACAGUCUGGAGGGUUUCAUGCUGCUGCAUUCCAUUGCUGGUGGUACUGGAUCUGGCCUGGGAUCUUUCCUUCUCGAGCAGCUCAAUGACCGCUUUCCCAAGAAGAUCAUCCAGACGUAUUCCGUCUUCCCCGAAAAGACCGGAGAUGUCGUUGUCCAGCCUUACAACUCGCUUCUCGCUCUACGACGACUGACCGAGAAUGCUGAUGCCGUCGUGGUCCUCGACAACGGGGCACUGUCAAAGAUUGCAGCGGAGACAUUGCACGUGCAAGAACCAUCAUUCUCACAAACGAAUCAACUGGCAAGCACGGUCAUGUCCGCAGCAACCACAACACUGAGAUAUCCCGGCUACAUGCAUAACGAUCUGGUCGGAAUUGUAGCGAGUCUGAUCCCGWCACCGAGGUGCCACUUCUUGCAGACAAGCUACACUCCCUUCACUGGCGACAACGUAGAGGCCGCGAAAACGGUGAGGAAAACUACUGUGCUGGAUGUGAUGAGGCGUCUGCUACAGCCGAAGAACCAAAUGAUCGAAGCGAAAACUACCAAAACCAGUUGCUAUAUCUCAAUCUUGAAUAUCAUCAUGGGCGAAGCCGACCCAACAGACGUUCACAAAUCGCUGCUUCGUAUAAGAGAGCGUAAUCUCGCCUCCUUCAUUCCCUGGGGUCCAGCCAGCAUUCAAGUUGCACUGACUCGCACAUCGCCAUACAUGCAACCCCCCUACACAACUCGCGCACCUCCGCGAGUCUCUGGACUCAUGCUGGCUAAUCACACAGGCAUCGCCACCCUCUUCAAGCGAAUCGUCAAGCAGUACGACCCUUUGCGAAAACGAAACGCGUUCCUGGAGCAGUACAAACGCCACGAGCCUUUCCGGGACGGGUUCGGGGAAUUCGAUGAGUGUCGAGAGGUCGUUAUGGACUUGAUCAAGGAAUACGAGGAUGCGGAGCGUGCAGACUAUCUGACUGGCGGGAAUGAUGACGAGCCAGCAAACGGGGGCGCGGAUGCGAGAGCGGAUGGCGCGAAUGGUCGGUGA